AUUCUCCCUUCAACAUGUAUACAACAACCUCGGGGCGGUAGGUCGGUGGUAGGGUCAGGGUAUGAGUCAGACCAGUCCUUUGCAGAGUCGUGCUCGACAGGCUUGCGAUCCAUGUAGACGCAAGAAAGUGAGAUGUCCUGGAGAACAACCAAGCUGCAGUUUCUGCACCCGCCUCAACCAGCAAUGCAGCUACACACGCAGCAGCGAUACCCGCGGAUAUCGCAUCGAGAAAGACAGGUCAGGUGGGCGAUUAAAUGAAGAGAGCCAUGUCGAUCGGCAACGUGUCCAGAGACUCGAGGCCAGGAUGGAGCAGAUCGCGGACGUCGUCAACACGCUUGUGGAGUUGCAAUCGGGGCAGUCGACGGCUAGAUUCCCUGGGACUUCAACGCAGUUGCUCCGCAGCUCUUCCGACACGCCCCAAGGAGAAGUCGACGGCGACAUCAGUUCUCAGGGCGGUGUCUCGAGAUUCGACCCUUUGCAACGACCAGAUCCUCCGCCCGAGGUGCUCCAGGUAUUAGUCAGGUUAUAUAUCGACAGGAUCGCCGAUCAACCUCUGCCUCUAUUUGACAUCAAAAGCCUGCCGUCCAGCGCGCCUCGAUUCUCCAGAGGACUUCUCAGGAGCUUCCUAGCCUUGACCGUUAGAUAUUCGAACAUCGAUUUCUUCAGAAAUGCCCAAAGCCGUGCUGUAGAGUUCUACAAGAACUCUGCGUCCGAGAUACUAUUCGCCGGAGCGGCAGAGCCGACUGGUGACUUGGAAGCUCUUCAGGCCUUCUGUCUGCUAUGUCUCAGCGAGAUCGCAGAUGGGAAGACGAUGAGGGCAUGGAUGGCUCUGGGGGUGGCUGUGCGAAUGGCCAUAUGCUCAAACACAAUGUUCAGCACAGCGAAAACCGUCUCUCCAAAUACCGACCUAUCCAGAUGUUGCUGGAGCCUGUUCAUUCUUGACCGAAUGCACGGGAGCAGCUUUCGGAGUCUACCGGCCAUCCCUACCGAAGAAAAUCUACCUGAGAUGCCGCCCUCGGGCAGACGGCCCCCAUUAGCCUUGUCAAAUAGGUCAGCAGACUUGGAAGGUGUGGAAGAGAAGGAUGCCGGUAUCGACUCGUACGCUUUACAGCUGCUAUCAAUAUGGGGCCGCUUGAUGGCUUAUCUGAGGACCAUCAGAGAGGGAAAGCUUGAGGAAGCAUGGACCGCCAACUCAGUCUAUCAACAGAUCAAGUCCGAGAUGUCUCGAUUUGAAACUGUGCUCCCGGAGGUCCAUCGUUUCAAGAAUACUCGAUUCCACGACAGAACAAUUUCAGAACUGGAAGAGCAGCGUGGAUACUGGGCGCCCUGGGUUUUCACACAGUGCAUCUACCACACAAUACACUGUACCCUAAACCACCCGUUUCUCCAUAUUGCUAGGAUCCCCGGUCGGCCGAGACUCCGUUCUCCGUCGUUCCUCCAACAUGCCACCGACCAAGCUGUGCUGCACUCGGCUUGGGUCGUCCUUGUCCUGAGACUGUGCGAGGAGAGGAACUUUACCGUCUUCGAUCCAUUUGUCGGUCACUUGGCUUCGAUGAUCGCAACGACACAGUUCUUCUUACAGUUCUCCAAGGAUGAGUCGUUGGCAGUAAAGGCCUCCAGAGACUUCGAAAUGCUGAGGCGCUAUGUUGAGAAAAUGGCGAACACUCACAGCCAUCUGCUACAUACUGUUUCUAAGCUCUCUAGACUUGCGCAGUUCGCAACCUCACAGAUCGAUACGGGCUUGAAUAACCCACCAAAGGCCGAGACGGCACUGUUGUGGGACCUCCUCGACUAUGCCGUGUCCUCGUCACCUAUAGUCGACAUUGGCGACUCAUCUGACAAUGUAGAAUUGAAUGUCAAUACUCAAUUUCUAUCCCCAAUAAACCCAGACGCACCGUUGCCACGAACAGCCUUACAGAGCUCUCAAGAGCUCAGCUUGUCUGGAACAAAUAUAUGGAACGAUGCAACCUUCGAAUUCGACAUGGCCGAUAUCUCAAGUCUACCUGAUGUGUCGGCGUUGAUGAUGCCAAACGAGGCUUGGACUGGCGGUCAUUUGUGA